AUGAAACUGGAAAAUCUUAAAAAAGAGGUCGAGUCGUUACAGGAAGAGGUGGAUGCUCUUUCUGCUGAAUAUGAGAAAACUUUGGCAGUUCAAAAAAACAACAAGGCCAAAGUAGAAGAAGAAGAUAAGCAACAUGACAUUCUUAAACAUGAGAAUGAUCUCAUCGCUAAAUUGGAGGGUCAUGACUAUUUUGACGUUUUGAUAAAUGGAAUAAUGGUGAGCGGAGUGCAAGACUACGAAUCUGUGACUGACAAGCAAGAUAAUUCCAGAAAACGGGAUCACCUCGCACAACAAAAUUCCAUUAACUAUGAUCAAUUAAUAAAAAAGUACUCACCAGCCAUUCGUCUGGAGAACUGUUAUCGGUUUGGAGGGGUCAGUGCGUUUCCGGUAAAUGUUCCGCCGGGAGAAAGUGGUGAAUAUCUUGGAAUUAGAUUUGAUACCUUUGAUACAUGCAAAAAAACGUUCGUGUUGCCACAUUACAUAAUAUUGAAGAAGAAUCCAAAAAACAACGAAUAUUUUGUGUUCAAGUCGACAGUUCCAAAGUUUGUGUCGGUCGACGACUUAGCAGCAGAGUACCUAAAUUGCGAUUUGAAGAAGUUUGUGUUUUCGAUCAGAAAACGCCUUAUUGAGUAUCAGCUGCGCCGGUCGGCAUUCAUCAAAUUGGCCCAAAGUCUGCCGAAAUCUUCUUUGAAAAGUGAUUUGAGCUUUUCCAAGAUCAACAUUUGCUACAGUACACAUUUGGAAAUAGUACUUCUAUGUGGUCCAACAAAAAUUGAUAGUGCUAUUGUUCUAUGCAGUCCAAUUUCGCCGAGUAAUCGUUCUACAGCCGUGUUAAAACGAAAGUUAGAGCUUUCCUUAAAGGGAUGCAGAGUGGAUGAUGAUUUUUGCCGCACAUUUCUUAAAAUCAUGAAGAAGUCUCGAGUAAAGACAUACUAUCCUACCACUAAGUAG